CCCACGCGGCGGCGCUGUCUCGAGCGCGUGUCCAUCCGGCUGCCUACGUCACCACAUUUCACCGAAUGCGAUGGCACAGCGUGGAGGCGCGUGAAGGUGGUCUCUAAAAAAAAAAAAAAAAAAAAAAAGAAAUCUCUGCCAGCAACUUGUGGAAUGAUGAGGGACGCGGCUCUCCUGCUCACGUCCUGCGCGCUCCUGUGCGUCCUCCUCAGCUCCAGCCAGGCAGCAAGACCAGGACAGGACAUGAGAUGUGGAGCCUGCAGGGCUCUGGUAGAUGAGAUGGAGUGGGCCAUCUCUCAGAUAGAUCCAAAGAAGAUGAUCCAGACGGGAUCCUUCAGGAUCAACCCGGACGGCAGCCAGUCCAUCAGGGAGGUUCCUCUGGCUCGCUCGGAGGGAAACCUCCUCGAGCUGAUGGAGAGUGUGUGCGAGAGGAUGGAGGACUACGGCGAGCACACGGAUCCUUCCACAAACAGGAAGUCCUACAUUAGGGUGAAAUCUCGGAGCGGUGAGGCCAUGGACCUGUCGGAGGCCACUCUGGAUUCAAGAGUUACAGCCAGUUUAAAAUUUGCAUGUGAAACAAUUGUUGAGCAUAAUGAAGAUGAAGUCAUUGAGUUCUUCGGUCAUGAGACCGAUAAUGUCAAAGACAAACUCUGCAGCAAGAGGACAGACCUCUGUGACCACGCUCUGAAAAUGCCCCAUGACGAACUUUGAUAUCAUCUUGCCAUCACCAGCUUCUCUGCUGAACUAGAACGGAGGCGUUUGGUGCUGUAAUGUUUUCACUUAUCACCGGCCAUGGUAGUGAUUUUAAAAAAAAUAUAUACAAAUGAUGUAAAACAUGAGAAAAUCCACCUGAAAAUAAGUGUUAUUCCUGUGAUCUGUGACAAUUUAAAGACCAGUUUGACAUAUUCUUUGGCUAUAUCUCUGUGGACUAUCUUGUCACCUGUUUAUAUUCUGUAAGUUAUUUUACUUUAUACUCGUAUACUUCAUAUGGAGGUUCUUGUCCUGCCUUCAAAUGCUCGUCACCGGAUGAAACUGAAACUGUGAAACUGCAAAAAUGAAGUUAGACUUCCGAGUAGAUUUCAGGAUUUCUUACAGGAUUCGACGUGUAUAUACAGUAAGCAUAUUAAUUUAAGACGGGUACACAGAGAUCGGGUUAAAGUUUGGUCGAGUGGUCCUUAAGUCGUUACUGAUGCACAUUGGAAAAAAAGAGCUAGGUAGAAGUGAUUAGUCUUUUUUAUUCACAGUGAACUCACAUCCAUAUUCUCGCUCAUCAAUGCAAGUGUCAUCUGUUCCUGCUUCAGUAGAGAGUUUUUAAAACUCGCCGAUAUUUAUUGAUUUUUCAAAGAUCACAGGAAUAACUGAUGUUAUGUUGUGCUGUUCUUUUUUUGGUUGAAUAUUUCUUUAGAUAAAAAACAACAACAUAUGAAAUAUAUAAAGAAAUAUAAUGUAAAAAAGACCACAACAACAGAAAUUAAGCCGAUUUUAGAUUUGGGUGAAAUUAGUCUAAUUAACAAAAUGUCCUUGAACAAAUAUUUUCCAUUAUGCUCCUCAAUGACUGACCCUCUUUCACCACCAACCUUGGUAUUGUUACUGUUACUGUCAUGGUUAAGAAAAGUGGUCCAAAAGAUUAAAUAUUGCUGCUUGGAAUGGGCAGGUCGAGGCUGAAAAUGUCUCCAUGAACUGAAUUAAUCACAAUUUUUUUUUCCACUCGAGAAACUGAAGGUUGAUCGAAAGUUUUAGCAAAGUCAAAAAAAGAAAACACUCCAGCCACUGUUUUGUGUAGAAUUGUGAAUUCAAACUUUGUAGCUUCCAGUGGCAUAUACACUUAAAAACGCCACAAUGGUCUGUUAAUUUACAGACAAUGGGACAGUUAUGCAUAAACUGCUGGAAUCUGAAAAAUAUUUUUAUAUCAAACAAGCAUAGAGGUAUAAAAUUCAUAUAAAAUAAUAGGUCAUUAGUUUAGAUUCAGGAGCAGGCAAAUGGCAUCUACUUUUCAUUAAACAUUACAGCUGCAAUCCCCUUAGAUUAUAUAUUUUUUGUUUCAUUUUUACUUUUGAGCAUCAGGAAGAAAUUUCUGUUUCCUUCAGUCUUGUCAAACUGAACUGGAGUCCAAAUUAAAGAAUCAGUCUCAGUUGGAAAGUCCUCAUGCUGUACUGUGGAUGUUUAAAGGUCGGGAUGUAUUUUUGGUAUCAUUUAUUUUUCAAUGUGUGAAAAAAAUGACCUUGCUGUCUCACGUGAACAUUGUUUCGAUCAGUCCUUUUUUAAAAUAUAUAUAAACUUUGUAAGUUUU